CGCCAGUAACGUACGCACACUCUGUUCUGGAAGUUUUUGUUUUAUGGCACUGCUGGCUUAUAAAUUAUUGCACGAAACUCUCUAAUAAUGCCGGAAAAGAAAGAGAGAGAGAGAAAAAAAAGAGGCGGAAAAGAAAGAGUGUGCGUAAAUGGACGGCGGAGCUGAAAGGCGCCGGCGGGACUGCGUGGUUAUGGUGCCUGCCCCCUUCCAAGGGCACGUAACCCCUAUGCUGCAACUAGGACAUAUCCUUCAUUUAAAGGGCUUCUCCAUCAUAAUCGCCCACACCCAAUACAAGGCGCCUGACCCUUCAAACCACCCUGACUUCUCCUUCCACGACUUGGCAGAUGGAUUGGACUCCAGUGAUAGUAUAACUGGAGGCAGAGGACUGGAAAUGCUCUAUGCCAUGAAUGAGAAUUGUAGGGUACCCCUCCAGGAGUAUUUGGAAGAGAAAGGGGAUGUGGUUUCUUGUAUCAUCUAUGACAACAUCAUGUUCUUCGUUGACCAAGUGGCUGCUCUUCUCAAGCUGCCCUCCAUCGUUUUACGCCCCUUCAACGCUGCUUACUUGCUUGCUCUGCUCCAUAUGCUUGAUAAUGGGGACUCUGUUUUGCCCGUUCCGGAGUCAAGGCUUCAGGAUUCAAUUCCAGACCUUCAUCCCUUGAGGUAUCAAGAUAUUUACACCCAUCUAGAGAAGGAAGAAGUAAGGCGUUUCAUGUUGACUUCAAACGAUGUAAGGUCUUCGGUGGCCAUAAUAUGGAACACAGUGGAGGUUCUUGAGCAUACAUUGUUGUCAAGGCUUCAACAACGUUACAAAGUGCCCAUCUUCCCAAUAGGCCCAUUUCACAAGAUUUCUGCAAGUAGCAAAACUAGCUUGAUAGAGGAAGAUGAAAGCUGCCUCACAUGGUUGGAUAAGCAAGCUCCUCAAUCCGUCCUCUUUGUAAGCAUAUCCGGGAGCUUAGCCGGGAUUAAUGAAAGUGAUGUUGAAGAGAUUGCAUGGGGUUUGGCCGAUAGCGACCAACCGUUCGUGUGGGCAAUCCGUCCCGGUUCAAUCGAAGGAAAAGAGAAGCUCCUUGAGGACUUUAAGAAAAGAACCAUUAACAAAGGACAAGUAGUGAAAUGGGCGCCGCAGAAGGAUGUAUUGGCUCAUAGCUCUGUGGGUGGAUUCUGGAGCCAUUGUGGUUGGAAUUCUACUUUGGAGUGUCUUAGCGAAGGCAUUCCAUUGAUUUGUAGACCACACUUUGCUGACCAAUUGGUCAACGCCAGGUUCUUGGUCCACAAAUGGAAGGUCGGGUUGGAGUUAGAAAAGAUGGAGAGAGGUAUCAUUGCAGAUACUAUCAGAAGACUCAUGGUGGGAGGUGAGAGGAAAGAGUUGAAGAACAAUGUCAUGGAAAUAAAGGAGAAACUUGAUAAUAGCUUUAAGAAAGAUGAAGGCACUUCAUAUAGAGCACUCUCUGAACUUGUGAAUUUCAUUUCUUCAUUUUCACUUUCCAAUUCCGAUCGUGAGGUGAGUGUGGGGCAGUCAUAUACAGGGACGGAUCGUAGUACAGAUCCAAAGGGGCGGUCGCCUCUCAACAACAAAAAUUUUUAGUGUAUAUAUAUAAUAAAAAAUAAUUUUCGCCCUCCCAAAAAAUAUUUUGUUUAAGCUACCGUCCUCCCAAGACAAACUCCCUGGGUCCGUCCUUGGUCAUAUAUCUAGUUUUUUAAACAGAUCCUACAUCUAUUUAUAGAAAUUGUUACUACAUACGUAUAAUGUUACCAUUUCAUGUAUUUUUGUUUCACAAGAUUUGUAAUAAAAAGGAAACAGAUUGAUUUGUCCAAACACACGUAACUCAAGAAUCAAGAUCGCAAAAGU